CUUAGGGCAAUGACCGCCUACCCUCCUCAACCCCCAUGCUGUUAUACAUAACGGUUUACUAUUGAAAGAACAAUUAGGAGGCUGACCAGAAAAUUCAGCUACCAUCAGUCCGUUACACAACGCGAAUACUCCAGCAAAACGACAACUUUGUCUGCAAGUGGCCAGUUGUCAGGUGACAGUACGAAGAAUGCCCGCGAGGGUUGCGCAGAGGAUUUUGGGAUGCUGUUUUGACAGGAGGCUUCAGUGAGCAAGCAGGCGAAAACAUUUGAGGAAUAAAAGCAGCGAAGCAAUGGCCGUGAGUCAAGUAUCGCAGAAAUGGAGAAAUCCCAAUAACAAACUGCACCUUCUGUUCCUUUUCUCACUGCUGCUAGGGGCGUUAGGAUCGGUGAAUGAAACAGGGAAUGCGCUGUUGGUACCAGAGCCGAGUUCGGACCCAGGCGUGAUGUCAGCGGCACGUUUCGUGGAGAAACGCUACAACAUGCGUUCCAAUGGCUUAUAUGUGAGGCGAAUCAGCAGGAUCGUGUCCGCAACCAAGCAGGUUGUUGAAGGCCAGAAGUACACUCUUGUCCUGGAAUUGAGUGAUACGUUAUGCAAAAAGUCAGACGCUUUAGACCUGGAUUCUUGCAGCUUUCCCACAGAUGCCAAAGAUUUAAAGAAAGAAAUCUGUCUUUUUGAGGUGUGGGACAUUCCAUGGGAACAUAAGGUCAUGCUUCUUAAACAAAAGUGCCAUCUUUCAGAUGUUUUAAAGGAGUCUAGCAAGAAAGAAGACAGACCAAAAUCAUCACCACUAUCAGUAGAAGACAUUUCUCAGAAUAGCACAUUUAUAUUGGCUCCGAUGUUUAAGAACUUCAUAACUCAAUUCAACAAAAAAUAUGACAGCCAGCAAGAAUAUGAGAAGAGAUUCAAGAUAUUUGUAGCCAAUCUGAAAACUGCACAAACAAUCCAACAAUUAGACCAAGGAUCAGCAGAGUAUGGCGUUACAAAGUUCAGUGAUCUAACAGAGGAAGAAUUUCAGACAUUGUAUUUAAAUCCACUGCUAAGCAAAAUGCAAACCAGGGAGAUGAAGAAGGCAGUGAUUCCCCAAGAUCCUCCUCCAGAUGAGUGGGACUGGCGAAAUUAUGGUGCUGUCACAACAGUUAAGGACCAGGGCAUGUGUGGGUCUUGUUGGGCUUUCUCUGUGACGGGUAAUAUUGAGGGCCAGUGGUUUAUACAUAAAGGCAAACUGUUGUCUCUGUCGGAGCAGGAGCUGGUGGACUGCGAUAAACUGGACUCUGCUUGUGGCGGAGGACUGCCUUCUAAUGCUUAUGAAGCCAUCGAAAAACUAGGAGGCUUGGAGGCAGAGACAGAUUAUAGCUACACUGGGCACAAGCAGUCAUGUGGAUUCACAACAAAUAAAGUGGUGGCUUAUAUUAACAGUUCUGUAGAAAUCUCCAAAGAUGAGAAGGAAAUUGCUGCUUGGCUGGCCAAAAAUGGACCCAUUUCUGUUGCACUGAAUGCCUUUGCAAUGCAAUUCUAUAGAAGAGGUAUUUCCCAUCCUCUGAAAAUAUUCUGUAAUCCUUGGAUGAUUGAUCAUGCAGUACUGCUAGUGGGAUAUGGGCAGCGUAAUGGUAUUCCAUUCUGGGCAAUAAAGAAUAGUUGGGGAGAAGACUAUGGAGAGCAGGGAUAUUACUAUCUUUAUCGAGGAUCUGGACUUUGUGGAGUCAACAGGAUGUGUUCGUCUGCUGUAGUCAAUUAGGACUAUGAGCUUUCUGUUACCAAUUUGCCAACAGCUGCAGCACUAUAUAUACUGUAAAAUACAUUCCUCCUAUGUACUGGUCUGCAUUACCAUUCCUAAUAUCAUUGCUGAAUAACUCAUGGAAUGCAUCUUCAAUUCAGUAUUGCCAUAUGUUCUGAAGCAGACAUGUACUGUAUGCACUAGAUAUUGCAAUAACUUAACCCUAAGAAAUGUUUUAUCUUGGGCACAAUGACAAAUAUUGCUAGGUGAUCGAGGAAACAGUGGAUAUUUUUGCAGGCGAUCUCAUGGGCAGUGGAUUGUUUUACUAAGCCCUCGCUUUACUGGAAUUAUAUAACCACUGUUCUUUUUUCACUCAGCAUCUGGAACAAAAAUAUGAACAUUGAUUAAACAUAGGUUUGUGCCAUUCAGUCUAUAAAAAUGAUUCUAAUUUUUGUGUGUUGUAAAAUCUAGUGUAUUAUAGCUUCUAUUUUUGUAAAGCAAAAUCCAUUUUUAAGAAGCCUACUCAUAAGUGAGUUGAUAAUAUUUCAGCUGCUUUUCAAUAGAAUAUAUUUCAAAAGUUACUCUCUUUAACUUUAGAGCACAACUUCACUUUGACGAUUUGUUUGUUCUUUACACACACACUUGUUUUUCAAGCCGCUUGAAAUUAAGAACACAGGAACGUCUCACCAUAAGCUUCU